AUGUGUAGCCCCCGUGACGUCACAAGACGACACGAGGAGGGGAAAAUCAGCUACGAGCCUCAAAACCUGAGCAUUGAUCGACACUUCGAUCUAUCCCCCGGUGUCAACCACCACGCUAGAUAUUUCUUAGUCAAUCUUACCACUAUUACCACUAUUACCACUAUUACUACUAUUCGUCUAUAUUUACAAUUACAAGACGAUUUACUUGGACUAGACAAUCCGCAAGGUGACAUCUACAACAGUACUGUCAAUAAUAGCACUGACCCUACAAAUAAGACUGACAAUAAUGCAAGUAGAGUACCUGACCCCAAAGAUACAAACAGUGCGACUCAACCCGUCGAGGUAGUAAUUAGACAAUUAAGAGCCGAAGCAGAAACCUGGAAAACAGCUUGUCAGCAAUUGACGUCACCCUUUGCCAGUACCUUAGCUCGAACGAUGACUAAUACGAUAAAUAAUAAUAAUCACAUCAACGACAUAUAUGCGUUUCAGCCGCGGGAAUUCCCGAGUUCAAAUUUUUCAGCGGGAAAUCACUCCGUGCCGCCCGCACCUAAUUUUUUCCAUUCGGACAUGCUUCCCUACCCUACAGCAUCAGCCCCAACGUUUAGUGGGACUGCGCGUUUACCGUACGCGCUUCCAUCACUUGCCCCACUACUCGUACCACCGGUGCCUCAACAUGUACCAGCUUCACAUGUACAGUCUCAUACUACGUUACCGCACGUAACACAGACUUACACAGCACCACCGACGCCAUACUAUGUGUCAGGUACACACGCACAUUCACACACUACUGUACCUCACAUGACGCAUACUUAUACAGCACCGAUCGCCUCUUUCCAUGUGCCUGCGUCACAGACACAGCAACACAUACAUGCUAUUCCAGGCAUAGUCCCAAUCGCUACUCCUUCCUAUACGUACCCGAGUACAGUUGCACCCUUACGGACUAAUGACAUUUGCCGGACUGCGAAAUCAUGGAAUGUAUUUUUUCCCCCGCGCGAUUCAUCUGUAAAAUUAGAUGCCAAAAAAUUUAUUAAAACCUUAGAACAACGAAUGGUCAGUAAUGAUAUCCCUUUAGAAAAUUUUAAGCCGGUUAUUGCUUCAACAAUAACAGAACAUAUUGACACUUAUUCAAUACUAUAUAAACGCGUUAGUUCUUGGCAACCAGUAGUAGAUUCAUGUCAACGCUCUCAUAAUAACGAAGAAGCGAAAUCUAACAUGGAUUCCGAUUAUAAUCCGAAAACUCGAACAAAAUUAAAUGCUAUUACCAAAUCGGAAUUAAAGAAUUCCAAGAAGAUGACGAUUAAUUCGGAAAAAGAACAAAAGACCACGCUUUUUGCAUUGCCGAAUCCAAGCCCAGUUAACUCACGUAACGAAAUUCCAAAAAAUGACCACUCGCACGUACUCGUAUCCACUGACUGCGACCGUUGUGGACGCAGUGGAUAUAUUGCUGCGGUCUGUUGUUCACAAACUACAGACGAGAUACGAGAAAGAGCCGGUUUACGACCCUUUGCGAAAAAUCCGGAUCCCGAAAACCAAGUAGUUACUCCGGUGAUCUCCAAUACACAAACUAAGGCUCAAAUAUCCGCGAUACAAACCCUUACGGCACCUAUUUCUUUAACUAGUGCCCCAGUUAGGUCAGUUUCAAACAACUGCGAACCAAAUACUUCAGAAAAUAGUUCAGAAACCCCUGAUAUUAACCAAAACAACUUAGAUUACGAGUAUAUGGACUAUGAGUCAGACUCUGAGUCAGAAAUGCUUAGUUCAACACCCAAAUUAAAAAUCAAAUCCGGUAAUGAACCUAAUGACCUUAUGCUCAUACACAGUCUCAGCACACAUGACUCAAACAACUCUAAAAUAUCAAGUCAAAAUAAACGAAAACCAUCAUUUCAGACUAGAACUGAGAGUACUUCGAAGUUGUCGUCGAUAACAAGCGUUAAAUCAGGAACUUUACCUUCUGAUCCCAUAAUCACUUGUAAUUCUAAGAAACAGUCAUUUUCAUUACCAUCUAAAUCAUUAAUACCGACCCCUACAACGACAACGACCAAUACUGAAGAAGUUUCAACAUCCAUCACCCAGCUCAACAUUGGCAGAAUUCCUAGACCAACAAUGGUGCAGCCUGGCAUAACUUCUACAGCUCCAACGACUAUAGCAGCUGUAUCAGAUCCAUCAGAUAACAAUGUGGCAACCAAAAAGCUCAUGCCGCAUGACAGAAGCCAGUUGACUUCAUUAUCUCAACCAAACUUCAGGUUCACUUAUAAACGACCUGAAUGGGUUUAA